GGCCCGGGAGGCAGCGGGGCGGGGCGGAGCGGAGCGUCCCCUUCACCGCAGAACUACAACUCCCAGCGUGCCCCGCGGCCGCCGCCGUGUCGCGUGUCCGCUGGGAGGAUGGUGACAGCGGGAGGAUGGAGUCCGUUUUAUCCAAGUGUGAAAACCAGACCACUGUCUUAUCGGAAUACCUAGAAGAAUUUCCAGAAACAGAUGGGUCAGUGUGGAUUUUGGGAAGGCAAUACCACCUUAAGACAGACAAAUCUAAAUUAUUGUUGGAUAUAAGUGCUCGUCUGUGGUUUACAUACAGAAGAAAAUUUUCACCAAUUGGAGGCACAGGCCCUUCAUCCGAUACUGGCUGGGGAUGCAUGCUGCGAUGUGGACAGAUGAUGCUGGCACAGGCCCUGAUUUGCAGGCAUUUAGGAAGGGACUGGCAGUGGGAGACACACAAAAAACAACCUGAGGAAUAUCACAAGAUCCUGCGAUGCUUCAUAGACAGAAAAGAUUGCUGUUAUUCUAUCCACCAAAUGGCACAGAUGGGUGUAGGAGAGGGGAAGUCGAUUGGAGAAUGGUUUGGACCAAAUACAGUUGCACAAGUGCUAAAAAAGCUUGCUUUAUUUGAUGAAUGGAAUUCCUUAGCAGUUUAUGUAUCUAUGGACAACACUGUGGUCAUUGAAGACAUCAAAAAAAUGUGUUGGUGCCCUCCUCAGAGCAGCAGUGCUGCACGUGGCAGCACAUUCUCACACAGAAGUGCUCUCAGUCAAAACAAGAACACAGCAGGGUUUUGCUCAGGCUGGAAACCUCUUUUGCUCAUUAUACCUCUACGACUGGGGAUAAAUCACAUCAAUCCGAUUUAUAUUGAUGCUUUUAAAGAAUGUUUUAAGAUGCCACAUUCUUUGGGGGCAUUAGGAGGGAAACCAAAUAAUGCCUACUAUUUCAUAGGAUUUUUAGGAAAUGAGCUGAUCUAUUUGGAUCCUCACACCACUCAGAUUUUUGUAGAUUUGGAGGAAAACGGUACGGUUGAUGACCAGAGCUUCCAUUGUCAGCAGACCCCACAUCGAAUGAAGAUCAUGAAUUUGGAUCCCUCCGUAGCAUUGGGCUUCUUUUGUAAAGAAGAAAAAGACUUUGAUAACUGGUGUAGUCUUGUACAAAAGGAGAUUCUGAAGCAGCAGAGUCUUCGGAUGUUUGAGUUAGUCCAAAAUCAUCCAGCCCAUUGGCCUCCUUUCGUACCUCCAGCAAAACCAGAAGUGACGACGUCAGGAGCAGAACUUAUUGAAUCUACUGAUAAACUGCUUGAGUUGGAAGAAGAAUUUGAAAUCCUGAGUGUAUGAAGGAAGCCAUGGUGAUUUUUUCUGUGUUGAACAUAUUGCAUUGACUUCAGACAAACAGCCAUUCUAGCCCACAAGUGCCUGAAAUUAUGGACAACAGAGCACAAAACCAUAGCAGUAUCCAAAACUCAGAAAGUGACAGUUUAACAAGAUCUUCCCUGGGUGGAAAGAGAAGCAAAGAUCCCAUUGUCAGACACUUCAAGGGAAUCUCUGCUUCCAGCAUGCAUCUUAUUUGAAGACAAAUGGACCUUUUGAGAUGAAGGCAAAAACAAUAUAUUAAAGUAAAGACUAUGGUUUAUCACUGGGCUCUACCUUGAAGGAAGGGAUGACUCAAAUGGCUAUUCUUGCUCUCGUAUGCAAUUGUGUAGUCCUUAAAAAAAGCAAAAUGGCUUUGAGUUAAGGGAGGACGUUUACUUCUGUUCCCUCCUGUGGGCUGCAUCAUAGGAAUAAAUUCAUCAUCUUGUUUAAAAGAUCAACUGGAUCAGGAGAAAAUUGUUUCCUUGUUAAAUAUUUUAACAUGUAUUUGAGCAACCACACUUAUUACACAAAUGUUUCUGUAAAAGGAACUAUGUCUAAUGUGUACAUUUGGAAUAGCCUUCCUGUUUCUGGGAGACCUAAAACAAACAGGAGACUCAAUUAGUUGAUAUAGAUCACGAUCACUGCUAUAGUUACGACAUAUUUCACCUGGACCUUAAAACUUAGGUGGUUGAUUUUUGUUAAAACAAGAAGUCAAAAGGUGGUUUUUUUUAAAACUGUAUCUUAUUUAUUUUAAAAUAGAUUUAUUUACACAAGUUUCUCUGUAACAGCACUUUAUCUGUGCAUCUAAUAAAUUUCUUAAGCUUUU